AUGAAGGUCCUUCUUCUAUCUACGCUCUUCGCGUUAACCGCUGCUGAAACUUGCAUACGAUUACUACGGCACAGUGGGGAGAAGAAAAUCUUUCACACGAUACCAGGGCAUAUUUGGCGAUGGAAUCCUCUUACAGAAGAAUUCGAAGAGAUCCAAGCUGUGAAACUGAACGGCACCGCAAUAUGUAGCGUAAAAAUGGCAAACGACUUGCGAGGAAGGACCAUCGUCGUCGCUGCAGAUGUCAUGCAUCCGUACAUUCUGAGGGUCGCCAACAACACUGGAGUGACUGGUUUCAUCGGGGACAUAUGGACUACUCUGGAAGAAGUCUUGGGUUUCAAGACGAUUUACCGAAAAGCAGGACCGUCGGCCAGCCAGACGCUGAUGAAUGGACAGGCUCACGCACUACUGGUAGCCACGGUGAUUUAUUCCGACACCUCCGGUUAUUACACUUACAGCACUCCGAUUACGACUAUCUCAUACGGCCUAUUCGUGCAGUCCGAUGGAACAAGAGUUUCACAGCAAUGGUACACGAAGGUCUUCAGUCGAGGACUGCGGUUGUGCAUCCUGAUGUUCGUUCUGGUCACCGCGGCCACCAUCGCAGGAGUGUAUUACCUACAGAAAAUUACACAGUCAAAUAACGUGGAGAGCGACCAUGAAUUUUCAUCGAUCUCGUUCGAUCUCCUCGUAGUCCUAAGCAGCCUGAACGGUCAAGGAUGCCAGAGAACACCGUUUUCGUGGCCGCUGAGGUUGAUUGUUCUGUCGCAUUUGAUAACAGGAAUGUUGCUGUACAACGGAUUCAGCAGCACCCUCACCUCUUAUCUAGCGAUACGUGGAAACUCUGUUCCGUUAACAAGCCUGGAGGAUGCGCUGCAGAAACGAAGUCACUCCGUUUGCGUGAGGAACGAUAGCAGUGCCUAUAUUCACUUCACGGAGAACGGUUCGCCGUGGGGUAAAGUGAAGAAGGAGUGGAAGAAGCUAGUCAAUAACGACUGUCCAGACAUGAGAGACAUUAGUACGUUGGAUUCCCAACUUUGCAAGCCAGGUUUCGCUUACUUGGAGGUCCCAGACGUAUUUCUGCCGAUUUAUCGACGUGUUCAGCACGCCUGCCGUAUCGUUCAAACGCCUCAUCGUUACUGGCGUCUCAAGAUUUCAUUCCUGCAUGCUAGAUUUGCCGAGCAUCGACGCUUGAUAAACGUCUACCUGAUGCGACUUUACUCUGCGGGAUUGUUCAAGUACCUUGAAAGGAAAUGGAUGCCCGAGGGUAUAGAGAGCUCGGAAAAUCAACAGUCAAUGUUUCAACCGGUGGAAUACGCUCAUAUUCAUUUUCUACUCUUGGGGCUCAUUUACAUGAUGAUACUGAGUGCUUUCAUCUGCAUUCUGGAAAACAUUUGGUACAAGUUACGCACAAAAUAGUCAUUCUUCGGACAGGAUGUCACUAUAAUUAUUUAAUCUAACGCGAAUAUGAUUAACAAGAAUUGAAGGUAAACAAAAUAAAAUAUAUGUAGCAAGUAUGUUUAUUGUGACGGUUCUCACGAUUUAUCAGACAUUUUCACCUUAUUUGAAGAACAUUCAUUUUUCAUUUGACACACAUUUCAGGGUCACGGUAUAGUAGAUCGCUCAACUCGUCUUUUCACCAGCUACAAUGUUACGAAUGUCACCCCUUAUUUGAUCAGUGUCGUUUAAAACAAUCAGGGUGAUCUUGCAGCCGACCGAGUACUAAUCAACUGUUCUGCCAAACAUUUUUAUCAAAAAAUCGCGCGGUACGUUACGAUCA